UAGAAAGGCAUUUGAAACGAUGGGCUCUCGAUAGAUGGGCUUACUGUCGACUGCAAUGUUUUCAAAACAACAAGUUACUGACAGCUAGUCCAAAUCAUACAGAGACUUUAUGCUCCGUUGAUGCACAGAAAAGUGUGAAAAGCCGGCACAAUGAAUAACCAACUUAAUGAUCCAGAAACAGUCGCCAAACGAUUGCGGUUUGAAGCCAAAUUUCUGAGGAAACGAUUUCCAUUUCGGUCGGGUGGAGCGGCUGCCGAUAAGCGGCAAGACAUCCGAGAGAAAAGCGACCAGAGCCUUGCAUCACCCCCCACUAGUGCCAGCCACCAGAACUGUGAGAUCAGCAAAUGUGAAGCGAAAGUGGGUGAGGGAUCUGAUGAUGCAAUGCUUGAACGACUGGCUGUCGCAGAAUUGCUGCAAGAAGCUGCAAAAAGCAAGGCCAGAGCUGACGUUGGAGGCCCGUCAGAAUGGAGCAAGAAACCCGCUAGGGUGAACAAGCGUUUUGUGGCCAACUCCCUCCUUCAGACCGAAUCGCAAAACAAAAGAAAGUCCAGCACCUCUAAGACCAAGGAAUAG